UAUGCCAGAGCCGAGUCCAAAUUUUAUUCCAGUACAGGGAUGACUUUCUGUGUGGCCUCUCGGCUCUGGGGCUAAUUUGGAUGCUGAGUAGCCCCGCAGGUCCCUCCAGAUACAAGGUGGGCACGAUGGCUGAGAAAAUGGACUGUCAUUACUGCCGGGAGUCCCUGCAGGGGAAGAAGUAUGUGCAGAAGGAUGGCCACCACUGCUGCCUGAAGUGCUUUGACAAGUUCUGCGCCAACACCUGUGUGGAAUGCCGCAAGCCCAUCGGUGCGGAUGCCAAGGAGCUGCACUAUAAGAACCGCUAUUGGCACGAUACCUGCUUCCACUGUUCCAAGUGCUUUCACCCUCUGGCCGAUGAGACCUUUGUGGCCAAGGACAACAAGAUCCUGUGCAACAAGUGCUCCACUCGUGAGGGUUCCCUCAAGUGCAAAGGGUGCUUCAAGCCGAUUGUGGCAGGAGAUCAAAACAUGGAGUACAAGGGGACCGUCUGGCACAAAGACUGCUUUACUUGUAGCCACUGCAAACAAGUCAUCGGGACUGGAAGCUUCUUCCCUAAAGGGGAGGACUUCUACUGCGUGACUUGCCAUGAGACCAAGUUUACCAAGCAUUGCGUGAAGUGCAAUAAGGCCAUCACUUCUGGAGGAAUCACUUACCAGGAUCAACCCUGGCAUGCCGAGUGCUUUGUGUGUGUUACCUGCUCUAAGAAGCUGGCUGGGCAGCGUUUCACUGCUGUGGACGACAAGUAUUACUGCGUGGAUUGCUACAAGAACUUUGUGGCCAAGAAGUGUGCUGGAUGCAAGAACCCCAUCACUGGGUUUGGUAAAGGCUCCAGUGUGGUGGCCUAUGAAGGACAAUCCUGGCACGACUACUGCUUCCACUGCAAAAAAUGCUCCGUGAACCUGGCCAACAAGCGCUUUGUUUUCCACGAGGAGCAAGUGUACUGCCCUGACUGUGCCAAAAAGCUGUAAUUUGACAGGGGCUCCUGUCCUGUAAAAUGGCAUUUGCAUCUUGCGCUUGGUGUCGUCUUUCUCCCCUGUACCAUCAGUAGGGAAAGAGUAUUGUGUCACCUCCUCCCAAGUGGUUUCUCUGUCGUUUUUUCCCCAUUUUACAGUAUUUCUCACAUAAAGGGCACACAGUGGAUCUAGGAUUUAGCAAAAAGCAGGUCUGCAGCAAACUUUACUUCUUUGUAGCUGCGACAAAAAGAUGCAAACUUUGGUAGAUUGACUCUUCUGCAUGUUUAUCAUAGAGCAGAAAAGCGCUAACCAUUUAGCCACUUAGUGAUGUAAGC